AUGAGACGAAAUUUCCUAGUCGUGUUGUUCACACUGAUCCGGGCGAUAUGGGCCGGACCGGACCUGGCGGACUCCAAGAGGGAGCUGGUCUCCAGCGGCGUGCCGUUCGACCCCGUCGACUAUCCGUUCGUGGUGGGACUGAGGAUCAAGACCAGCCUGUUGUCUACUAGCAUUUGCACCGGUACCCUGGUCACGUCCACGUUCGUGCUGACAGCAGCCCAUUGCACGCACCGUAGAGCGCCGUCCAGCAUCAAAGUAAACGGCAGACGGGGCCGACAAACGCAGGUGCACCAGGGAAGCCCCAGCUCGUCGCUGAACUCCUUCCGGGCGGUCCGCACCAUUUACCAUCACACCCGGUACAACCCCAGAACCAUGGAAGCCGACAUCAGCGUGUUGCAAAUAGUCGGCCCGUUCAAAGACGUGCACCGGUUCGUCACGCUGUCCGGACAUCCGGGCGACUUCGACAACGACACGGAGCUGCGGUGUGACGUGCUAGGGUUCGGGGCCACCGAGAACGGCGAAGCCGGCAGUUUAGGGUACAGGGGCAAAGCUUGGGUUACGUACGGCCCGAAUGCGUGCAUGGCUUCGGAAGGACACAACAUACCGUUGACGUGGCCCGAGUAUCUGUGCUCGAAGCCGGACGUCCAAAUGAUAUGCCCGGGAGACAGCGGGGGCCCGCUGCUCUGCCGCGGGUUCCAGUUCGGCAUCGCCAGCCACGGGUACGACUACACCAACCUGGACGGGCCGGUCGAGUGCGGCAACCCCAACGUCCAGACCCGACACCUGUUCGUCUAUCCCUACAGGGAAUGGAUCCAGACCAUCAUUGCCAGCGGGUGGCCGUGCCACAGCGCCUUUGUGCUGCCCAAAGCGAUAGCGCUGUACGUCGCCGGCCUCGUGUUGCGAUUGUUACAGACGUGA